UGCGAUUUAAAUAAAUCCCCCACUCCAGCCCGGCGAUAGCUUCUUCUCCGGCUCCGGCAACGGCAACUCCUUCUCUGAAUAUUUUGGGUAGGUGAGGAUGGAGGGUAUGGUGAAGAAAUAUCAGCAAAAAUUUAGAAAAGUGAAAGAAGAGAUGAGUCGAUGGGACGAACUUCAAUCUAGGUUGCUUUCCCAGUUCCGGAACUCAUCUUCUAUCAUUCAGAGGUUACAGGUUAUCCAAAAUCCCAAGAAUUAUGGUGCCUUGAAAUGCAUUGCUGGCAUUGAAGAUUUGGUCUUGAGAAAGCAGAUGGAAUCUUUGGAAUCUAUCUUGCUUUCCAUGAAUCAGACUCUGUAAGUUUUUGGGUUUCUGUCUUUUGCUCUGUGCAAUUUGUUGAGAAAAUCUUGGAUAAGAAAAAAAAAUCUCAACUUUUGAACUUAUGAUGAUUAUUUUGUUUAUAUUUUGGUAAAGCAAGCAUAGCAUUAUCUCGCUUUCCAUGAAUAAGACUCUGUAAGUUAUUGGGUUUCUAUCUUUUGCUCUGUGCAAUUUAUUGAGAAAAUUUUGGAUAAGAAAAAAAAUCGCAACUUUUGAACUUAUGGUGAUGAUUUUGUUUAUAUUUGGUGAAAGUAAGCAUAGCAAGUUGGGAUUGUGGCUUUUAGUUUUAGCACUUUCUUUGAAAUGCUAGGAACAAAAUUUUUAAUGGUUACAUACUCUCCUUGAAGGCUUUGUAAAUGGAGAAAUGAUUUAAUGCUCUCAAAUCAACUCUUGAAUAAAAUAGUCAUUGUUUAGAGAGUAGAGAUAUUUCACGAUAUGUGAUACAUUUUGUUAAACCCACUAAACCUAACCCACUACUACCUACCACACACACUCACCUCCUCACCUAACCUACCACUACCCACCUCCACUUCAUCCCCUACCACUUUCACCUACUACCUUUCUCUUCUAUAUAUUUGAUCAUUUGUAAACCAUAACAAAAUUAUCAAAAUACACAACAAUCUUGUAAUCAAUAAUAUACAUCAAUUUAUUUUACAUGGUAUCAGAGCUAGGUUAGAACUAGUAUUUUCGCUUCACCGCGGGCGCAGCC